GCUUCUCCUUGCUGCUGUUCCCCCGUGGAAAUCGUGCGGGCCGCCCUGUGCAGUUCCCGCCUGUUGGUUUCCCAAGGGUGAAGCUGCAGAGCCGGUUGUAAGUGUUCCGUGGUUACUGCAGAUGCCCGGCCUGAGUUUCCUGCUGUCGCGCCCGAGAGAGGUGGAGGAGUUGCAAGCGGACAGGCUGUGUUCCUCGGCGCGCUGAGAUCAGCAGGGCAGGUCUGGAGCCAGUCUCGGUCUGAGCUCCAGGUUCCUGUCACCAUGGAGACCGAAAGUGAACAGAAUUCCAGUUCCACCAGUGGGAGCUCCAGUUCUGGAGGAAGCAGCCGCCCGCAGAUAUCGCAGAUGUCUCUGUAUGAGCGACAGGCCGUACAGGCCCUCCAGGCACUCCAGAGACAACCUAAUGCAGCUCAGUACUUCCAYCAGUUUAUGCUCCAGCAGCAGCUAAAUAGUGCCCAGCUCCACAGCUUGGCAGCUGUCCAGCAGGCUACAAUUGCAGCCAGUAGACAGGCCAGCUCCCCCAACACCAGUGCCCCACAACAGACCACCACUACCCAGGCCUCUAUCAACCUGGCCACCACGUCGGCUGCACAGCUGAUCAGUCGCUCGCAGAGCGUGAGCUCCCCCAGCGCCACGACCCUGACGCAGUCGGUGCUUCUUGGCAAUGCCACCUCGCCGCCUCUCAACCAGUCGCAGGCCCAGAUGUACCUCCGGCCGCAGCUGGGGAACCUGUUGCAGGUAAACCGGACCUUGGGCCGCAAUGUGCCUCUUGCCUCCCAACUCAUCCUGAUGCCUAAUGGGGCCGUGGCUGCUGUCCAGCAGGAAGUUCCACCCACCCAGUCUCCUGGGGUCCAUGCAGACACAGACCAGGUGCAGAACUUGGCUGUGAGGAGCCAGCAGACCUCAGCCACUAAUGCCCAGCUCCAAGGCUCUGCUCAGAAGGCAGCUGUGCCAGGAAACUCCCAGCCUUCCGGCCUACCACAGGCCACAAAUACAGGCCAGACGUUGGCGGUGGCUCAGGCUUCUUCUGGCAACACAGGCCAGUCCCUCAACUUGAGCCAGGGGGCCGCAGGCAGCAACGGUGUCUCCGGGGGUGUGGUGGCAAGUAGUGGGAGCCAGACCUCAGCAGGACUGAGCCAGGCGUCCUCAGCAGGCCCUCCUGGCAGUUGUCAAAGGAAAGGCACAGGGGUGGUUCAGCCACUGCCAGUAGCAGCUGCCCAGGCAGUGACUGUCAGUCAGGGAAGCCAAACAGAAGCAGAGAAUGCGGCUGCAAAAAAGUGUGAAGCAGACAGUGGUGGACAGCAAACAGUGGGCAUGAACCUGACCAGGACGGCUACACCAGCACCUAGCCAGACGUUGAUCAGCUCAGCCACAUAUACACAGAUCCAGCCCCACUCGCUGAUACAGCAGCAGCAGCAGAUCCACCUGCAGAAACAAGUAGUGAUCCAGCAGCAGAUUGCCAUUCAUCACCAGCAGCAGUUCCAGCACCGCCAGUCCCAGCUCCUCCACACAGCCACCCAUCUCCAGCUGGCUCAGCAGCAGCAGCAGCAGCAGCAAGCACCAUCUCUGACUCCACAGCAGCAGCAGGCUCAGCCCCCGCAGCAGCAAGCGUCAUCUCAAAACCAGCAGCAAGCUCAGACCCUUGUGGUGCAGCCUAUGUUGCAGUCCCAGGCGCAGCCUGUUCAGCUUCAGCAGGAYGGCACUUGCCAGCCAGGCACCAAGUCACCUAUUCCCAUUCAGUCAAAAGCUCUGGUCACCUCCAUCAAGCCCCCUCAGCUUGGGCCUGCCAAAAUGUCAGCAGCGCUGCAGCCUCCGCCGCAUAUCCCGGUGCAGGUGGUGGGUACGCGGCAGCAGGGCUCAGGACAAGCCCAGGCACUGGGUUUGACUCAGAUUGCUGCRGCAGUGCCCACCUCCCGGGGUGUGCCAGCUGUGGUCCAGCCUGUUUCCCAGGCUCAUGUUUCUUCCCCAUCUUCUGCUCCAGCGUCUUUGCAGGAAGCCCCUUCUCUUGCCACAGGGGUAAAUUUGGCACAAGUUCAAGGCACAGCCCACAUGGUGAAGAGCGCAGCCUCCUCUCCAGUUGUGGCUCAGAUGCCAGCAGCAUUCUACAUGCAGUCUGUCCAGCUACCAGGCAAGUCUCAGGCCUUAGCUGUGAAGCGCAAGGCAGAGUCAGAGGAGGAGAAGGAAGAAUCACCCAGUGUGAAUGCGGUUCUGCCUGCUCGGUCCUCUCCUGUGACAGACAGCCCCAAACACAUGGAUGAGAAGAGUGGCCUUGGAGAUAAACAUGAUUCUGCUGCCAGUGCAACCCCAAAUGCCACUUCAAGUGAAGCAAGAUCAGUGACACCCACUUCAGCUCCCACCCCCAACCUGGCAAUGGUUUCACGCCAGACGGGAGACUCCAAACCCCCACAGGCCAUUGUGAAGCCGCAGAUCCUCACACACAUCAUCGAGGGCUUUGUCAUCCAGGAAGGAGCAGAGCCUUUUCCAGUUGGUUGUUCUCAGCUACUGAAGGAAUCUGAGAAACCACUGCAGGGAGGAGCUCCCUCUGGACAGAGUGAAAACCUGUCCAGCAAUUCCCCAGGAGGGGACAGUGCUUCUAUGGAACUUGAUAAGAAGGCGAGCUUGCUCAAGUGUGAGUACUGUGGAAAGUAUGCCCCGGCCAGCCAGUUCCGUGGCUCCAAGAGGUUUUGCUCCAUGACCUGCGCUAAAAGGUACAACGUCAGCUGCAGCCAUCAGUUCCGGCUGAGGAAGAAGAUGAAGGAGUUGCAGGAAGUGAACUACGCUCGCGUGCGGCGCCGGGGGCCGCGGCGCAGCAGCUCCGAAAUUGCUCGAGCAAAGAUCCAGGGCAAGCGCCACAGGGGCCAAGAAGAUUCCAGUCGAGGCUCUGAUAACUCCAGUUAUGAUGAAGCUUUGUCCCCUACAUCUCCAGGGCCCUUGUCAGUGAGGGCCAGUCAUGGAGAGAGGGACCUGUCAAACUCCAGUAUGGCCCCACCUACCCCAGAUCUACACGGCAUCAACCCAGUCUUCCUAUCCAGCAAUCCGAGUCGCUGGACUGUAGAGGAGGUGUCUGAGUUCAUUGCAUCCCUGCAAGGCUGCCAGGAGAUCGCUGAGGAGUUUCGGUCACAGGAAAUUGACGGCCAAGCGCUUCUGCUCCUCAAGGAGGAACACCUCAUGAGUGCCAUGAACAUCAAGCUGGGACCAGCUCUCAAGAUUUGUGCCAAGAUCAAUAUCCUCAAGGAGACCUAACAGCUCUGAAGCCUUUUUGCUCUGACCACAGUGCAGCUCCUYGCUUUGGAGUGUCCUGCUCGGGUAGUGAAAGAGGGGACCACUCCACACGAUCUUGCAAACAAAAAACGAGAAGGAAACUGAGUUGAACUGCUAUGCACAAGCCUGUGUCUUGGCCCCUUUAUGGUGCUACAAGGGGGAGGAAAACUCUCACCUAGGCCUUGAAACUUUUUKCCUUCUUGAUGGUUUUGAAUAUACUUCUGCCAUACACCAUGUGAAAAAAGGGAAGGGAACCUCUUUCUGCCCAGACUUCUGACAGGGACCUCGCCUGUCCCUUUUGCUGCAGCAGGGCAGUUAGAUCCUAUGUAGCUGUUUCUGAAUCUUGCUGUGUCAGAAUUUGAGGCAUAAGGAAACCUGCCCAGCACUAACAUUGUGAGCAGCUGUUCUUGGGAUACUUAGAAAGAGGAAAAAGUCAAUUCCCUGCGACAAAAGUCAGCAAGUGAGAAUUACAGCCAAAGGGGCUGCUCCUCUUUCCAUGUUCUAAAAGGACCUAGGCUGUUCAUGAACUGGGUUUAGUAAACUUUCCAGCAAGCAGAGCCAACCUCAAGACCCAGGGCAGUAAGAGCAGCCUUAGCCUUGGCUUUGCUGCAUGACAGGAGAUGGUGGCACAGCAGGGGAUGGUCAUGCAACGUGUUGUGGUAGCUGCACAGGCUGAGUGCUACCCCUUAAGCCAGUCAGAGGAUUCAUACUGAGUUCAAGUGCUGGAGAAGAAAAAGGGCAGUGGGGGAAGGUGCUUUAUUUUAGGGGAUUCUGCAGCACUAGGUUCAUUCUGCCAUAAUAAUUUACAGAUCCAAAGCAGUCUUCAGAAGUGCUAACGCUCUUCAUAAAAUGGCUUAGGGGUUGUUAGUUUUUUUUUGUUUUGUUUAAAUGUAUGGACUCUUACCUUUUUUCGUGUGUGUCUGUCUUCAUUACCCCCAGGAGAGGACACAGGACAAGGAUUAAGCUAAGCUGGCAGGAGUGUAGCUCCUGUCUCAGGUUGUAUGGGAGUUUUUGUUUUGGUCAUAGUUAAACA